ACAUAUAAAGGUGACAAUAAUCAAGCUUGGAUUUCAGGUUAAUGCAGUAACACUAGAUCUCAUUGUGAUUAGACAGGCAUGGAAAAAUGAGAAUUGUUUUUUAUCAGCUUUGCCAGUUGAGCAUCUGGUGAUGCCUAGGGGGUGAGUGGCAUAGUGCAUUGAAAAUUAAUUGACUAUCAACUUCACAUUGCUCAUUCAGAGCCCUACAAACGUUUAUUAUUCAUGAUGUAUGGCAUCCUUCCAGGUUUUGGAUGGACAGCACUGAGAUGACGGUGCAGAAGGCACAAAAAGGAACACGUCACGGGGGGUUAAAACUGAUACUCACUGCUCCCUGUCCCAUCUCAGACUUGCUCUUUGGCUCUGCCCAAAGCAUCUACUGUCUCCUAUAUGUAAAAUGGAUGCACUAAAACAAACUCACUUUUCGGUGAAUUAGCAUUUGAUCAACUUUAAUUUCUACAUCCUCGUGUAGGAACAACUAAAUGGCAUUAUUUACCAGCUGUUGUACUAUUUUUUUCAUUACUAAGUGGAGUUUUUGAAUAUGUUAUAAUGACUGACACUCAUUACAAAUUUUGAGUUUCUGCUUCCUUAAUGUGGAUCUUUCUGCAUGGCAGCAGUUUUCUGCUAACUAAUAUGUAUUCUAGGGCUGUGCUCCCAGAUUAAAUCUAUCACGUUUUUAUAGUCUGUCUCCUCUGGAGCUGGCAACAAAUGGAAGCACGCUAAUGUGCACCAGGGACAUCAUUAGAGGGGUAUAUGUGUCGUUAUUGGUUAGCUUUGUUCCUGCCUUGGCAUCAUGGACAUGAACCUGAUUUCUCCAUGUAUUCUCCUUUCCCUGCAGGUAUUGAGAACCUGCCAUUUGAAUUGCAGAGAAACUUCCAGCUCAUGCGAGAUCUGGAUCAGAGGACAGAAGACCUCAAGUCGGAGAUCGAUAAGUUGGCCACAGAGUAUAUCAGCAAUGCACGAACUUUGUCUUCAGAGGAAAAACUGGGGCUUCUCAAGCAAAUCCAGGAGGCCUAUGGGAAGUGCAAGGAGUUUGGGGACGACAAGGUUCAGCUGGCUAUGCAGACCUACGAGAUGGUUGAUAAGCACAUCCGGCGGCUGGACACAGACCUCGCUCGCUUUGAAGCAGACCUGAAGGAGAAGCAGAUAGAGUCGAGUGACUAUGACAGUUCUUCCAGCAAGGGCAAGAAGAAGGGCCGAGCCCAGAAAGAGAAAAAAGCUGCCCGUGCUCGCUCUAAAGGGAAGAACUCUGAUGAGGAAGCACCAAAAACUGCCCAAAAGAAAUUGAAGCUCGUCCGCACUAGCACAGAGUAUGGGAUGCCUUCAGUCACCUUUGGAAAUGUGCACCCCUCGGAUGUACUGGAUAUGCCCGUGGACCCCAAUGAGCCUACUUACUGCCUCUGCCACCAGGUCUCCUAUGGGGAGAUGAUUGGCUGCGACAACCCAGAUUGUUCCAUUGAGUGGUUUCAUUUUGCCUGUGUGGGUCUGACAACAAAACCAAGAGGGAAAUGGUUCUGCCCUCGCUGUUCGCAGGAGAGGAAGAAGAAGUAAAUUCCCAUGAAACCUCAGAACUGCUGCAGGAGCUCUCUUCCCCCUGCCAGGGCCUCGUCCCAGUUCCCCCAGCCCUUGGGGCCUUGGCUGAGGGGGAGUCUUGCCCUGUUUGUGGUUUGGGCCAUCCCUGGAAUGGUGUGUACCCUCACAGUGGUUCCUGUGUGUUCUGUAUCCCGGGUUGCUUCCAAGUCCCUAAGGGAGGACUUCUCUGUGUACUAUUCCAAACAGGUCUCUGAACCUCAAAGGGAAUGAAUGAGGGCACCAGGGUAGCCACCAGAUUCACAGGGAUUCAGGUAGCCCCUGAUUUUCCUUGGCUUUCCUUCAGCCUCCUCAGAGUUCAUUGCCUACUCUGUGCUUAGAGAACAAGGCUAUGGGAUGGGGGAAGGAAAGGAGGUAAGUCUUCAGCAUUUUAGGUCAUUGAUUUUCCUGGAUCUUUUUCAGGAGAGAGGGGGUAACCAGGCUACUUCUUAAUCUAGUGGACUGGUUGAGAAACUGAAAACCUGAUGUGCUCCCUGUCUUUAACCAUUCCAUUACUGGCAUUGAGCAGCCUCUUUUGCUGGGGAGAGGAGGAGGGAGUGUUUAGAGCUAGCUUUGUCUCCCUUAUUCCUGGGGUAACCCUGCUGGUCUGGGAAGCACAUUAUGGGAAGGAGGAAGAAUUUCUAACCACGUGGGGAGAAGUGGCUUGGUCUAGCCUGUCUUCCGGCUCCAAAAUUCUGCCUUCCUUUUGUGCAGUGGUGCUUCUCCAUUAUGUUGACAGUGGAAAGUUUGGGGAUCAGAUCCCACUUGUAUAAAACAGAAUGAAAUAAAAUUCAUUGAAACAAAUAUUCUGUUUGCCUUGCUGUUACCUCCAAAAUAAAUUGUGGCAAUUGG